UUUAUGGGAAACAUUUCGUAGGGAGAGGUUGAAUAUAGUCAGUUUGAUGCAGACAAACCCGAUACAAGAUCCCAACGUCGAAAGUUUAAAUAGAGACUAUUGAUGACGCUGGUCAAUACUCAAGCCAAACCUGUCUUUUCUUCUGCGGCUGUGAGAUCACGAACGAAAAACUAACAACGAAAGAGUAAUAGAUGCGAAUUGGCGCUGUUUCUAACAUCUAUUACAAUAAACGUAGGAUAACCUCUAAUUGUUGCAGUGGUGAGACGACUGGACAAUGUACUCCGGCUCGCGCAGGAGGACACAAAGAAACAUAAUUGAUCUCAUCCACAUCGCACGGUUCUUGACGGAGUGAUCACUGACAAUCUACCUGUAUCUUUUCACUAAUCCGGGUGCGUCAGGUGGCGUCAAGGGAGAGAGCUAGAUGAAUCACGUUGGGCAUGUAAGGACCUUUGCUGUGAUUCAGAGCUGCCUUUGUGGAUAAAAGACAUUUGUGGUUUAUACACAUUUUGGAGUAUUAUUUAUUACACGGUUGACCUGCAAACUAGAGUUUAAAAUAUCAAAAUCCUACAGAUUUUGACAAUAACUGUAGGUUUCUCUUACGUACAUUAUAGUAGCACGAAGUAUGGCGACACUUGAGCAUUCUGUUUUGCAAAGUUUAAAGUGUCCGGUUUGUUUUGGUUUGCUGAAUGAACCAAAACAACUUUCAUGUACACACACAUUUUGUCCAAAAUGUAUUCAAGGUAUUCUAGCAUGCUCUGUACAGAGGAAUACUUUAUCAUGUCCAAUAUGUAAAAACACAACAAAUGUCGCAGAUGGCGAUGUUGCCAAUCUUAAAACUAACAUACCUGUUAAGUCACUUGUUGAUGACGUCAGGAAUAGUAAACAGCUCUGUGACGUGUGUGACAAGCGAGAAAGUGCCGCACGCUUCUGUUGCGAAUGUGAUAAGAACAUGUGUAACGCAUGUCUGCAAGCUCAUGACACAUGGACACCUAAUCUUAAACAUAAAGUAGUGAUGGUUGAAGACAUCAGAAAGGGUAGGGUAGUCUUAAAGAAGAAGGUUUACUGUCAAGAAGAAGUACAUAAAUCUGAAGAGUACGAAUGCUCUGACGUAUGCACGACAUGUAAGAAGCUCAUUUGUAUGAGAUGUCGCAUGCUCUACCACGAAAAAAGUGGCCACGAUGUUGAAGAUUUAAGAGAGUACAAUUCUUCUUUCAAGAAGAGCUCUGAAUUACUACAGGAUCAAGGAAAGGCGAAACUUAAAAUAGUCAAGAAUCAUAUGACUUGUAUUGAUAAUCAAAUCAAACGGGUCAAUGAUCACAUAGAUGGAGAAAAGGCAAAAAAUAACAAGAUUUACGUAGACGCUAUCAAGAAAAUAAAAGAGAGGAAUAUUACAUUGAACAAGCAAUUAGAUGACCAGAAAGAAGAAUUAGCCAAGAGCUUAAAUAAUAUGAAAAUUGAUGAUGAGAGAUUAGUUAAGAGCAUUGAGAAUGCAAGUGAAUUGCUGAGUAAUAGUUUGAAAUGCCCACUAGAAGGAGAUGUUGUAGCAAUUCAUGAUUCAUUGUCUGGUGAAUUGAAGAAUGUAUUAGAUAGGGAUAAUCCAAAGAAAAGGGCAGCUACUGAUGUAGGCGAUCAUGCAGAGAAACUGAAGUAUACACCAAGCUGCGAUCCUCAUACAUUGUCAUUGUGGGAACUAAGGUUUCUGAAAAGUGAGGCGAAAUGCAAUGCAGUAAUCUCAGAGAAAGGAUGUUUGGAUUGCACAGCUGCUAGAGAGGAUGGAAUGAUGGCUGUUGGAUAUAGCCCAGAUCGAGGGAUUGACAUCUUCUCUCCCGAUGGUCGGCUGCAGAAAACAGUCAUCAAAUAUUUCAAAUUAAGUGAGGUAGGAUUCCUCUCUGAUGGUCGUUAUGCUGUGCGUGGUUUUGAUAAUAAGAUUUCACUGUACACAUCAGAUGAAGAGAAGCAGGAUGUGACAUUCGAUACUAUAGGCUACAGUGAAGGUGGGUCUGGUGAUCUCACUGUAGACAGCAAUGAUCUGAUCUAUGUUAGCUACAGGAGAGCUAAGAAGAUACAGGUUUUCUCACCAUCAGGUGGGAAGGCUAUCAGGGAGAUACCAUGCGAUCGGUAUGAACCCUCCCAUAUCACAAGUUAUGGUGACACAUUGAUCGUGAAGCAGUACAGGAAUGCAAUAAUACGAAUUGAUAUGAAAGGUGAUAUAAUGCACAAAUUAAAGAAACCAUGGGGAAAUGACCUCCAUGCUGCUGUGAGUAAAGACAAUACAAUCCUUAUUGCCUCUGUAAGACGCAAUGAAGGUCUGCUCAAUAUCGAUGAGUACACCGGUGAGCUGAAACACAUCCGAACUCUCAUAUCUGAUUACAAGAUUGAGAGACCGGAGAGGCAAUGGUAUUACCUUUUACAGUUUUAAUCAGGAGAGAUAUCUUACACUGGACAGGUUCUAUUCAACCUAUUUAAACUAGUGAAGUUUCCUUGGUAAGAAUAUUAUGUUUGGAAGCGUUUAGUAGCCGAUUUUCUAACUACUUUAUAUAAUCUUCAAUUUAUAAGUUUCAAUAUUGAUCUUGGUAGUCAUGUUCCUUUGAGGUAAGAAUCAAUAAAUUGUAUUAAUUCCAUUCGAUCGAAAUAGAAUCACGUAUACAAUAGAAUAGUUAAAGACAAAAGUACAUGAUAUACACCCAUUGCAAAACAUAGUAUUGGUGUUACAUACAGAAGAAAGUAAUGAAAUGAAAUUUGAGACGAGUCUGCACAAUUAAACAAAAUAACUUCAAUUGAAGAAGCUCUGUCCUUAACUGUACCCCAAUUGUAUCAUGUUUAGCAUAUUUUCCGUUUAGGGGUCAUCAAGAUUUUACUGCUCAUUUAUUUACCAUUCCUAAAAUAAAGCAGUCUGAAGGAUUCCUGAAAUCUCCAUUUUGAAUAAAGAAUUGUUUGUUUAAUGUUAUCCUUUCUUUAAAAAAAAUCAUUUUACACACCCUAUUUACGAAGAAAUAUGUCCAAACAUCAAUUCACAAAUACAUGUCUACAUGUAUGACAUCAAAUCAAUAUUUGAGAAUUGAAACACAGCAGAUUACAUUAUUCCGAAAAUAAUAAAAUCUAUAUUUCAUAACCAAUGUUUACUUGCUUGAUGAAAAAAUGAAUAUUCUAUGAGAUAAACGACUGAUGUGACAACGUGACCAGUAAUGGGCCUGGUACCAUAUAGUACAGAUAUAUAAAAUAAAAAAAAAUAUUCUUUUUUUAAAGGUAUGAUUUUGGUUGAGAAUGGGGAUUAAUAAAUACUAGUUCCAAUUGGUAUUAUGUAAGUGCAUGCAUGUGCGUAUCUUGGGAAUAGGCCGGGCAUCUUCAGGGAAAUGAAAUGAGGAAAAAUUUAAGACUUACAAAAAAAAUCAAAAGCAAUGAUUAAUCACAUUUACAGUUUAAUCUAAUUAAAAAAACAAUCAACCAAAUAGCAAAUCAAUGCGGCCCAACAUUCGGGUGUUGAAAAAUCCUGGCGGAAGUUUACUAUUUGCCCCUUACUUGGCCUUUCAUAGACCCAAUACUGAUAGAAGUGAGGUGAUAGACAUGAAACACGUAACGUGGUAACGGUGAAUUCUUAACUGGAGAGUAACAAUUAUUUUAUUCAUCUUUAUCAUUAUGAUUUGGUUCGUAUGAUAAUAAUAGUGAUAUUAUCAUAAAUUGUAAUAUACGAAAUUCAUGCAUAAUUAUGAUAAAGUUUCACAUUAGCCAAUUUAUGUAGGUUACUUUUGCUUUUGGCGUUAUAUACCCUGCAUGGAAGCUAUGGUAUGCUAUUGAUCAGUUUGUUCAUAAUAAUUUUCAUUACAUAUUCUUUUUGUUUUUUUGAUAUUGCCACUAACAUAAAUAAACAUCAAUGAGCAAUGAAAACAAACAUACAUGUUGUAUAGAGGGAGGAACAGAUGGACAUAUGGGCAUAUACAUGUACAUAUAU